CAGCAUUCCCGCCAGUCUCAAAUGAAUUAAAAUUUUAAAAUCUGAUAAUUUCCUAGUCAUAUAAAUCUUAACACUGCCCAUCGCUUAUAAAACUGUUCAUAUGUGUGAUUCUUCAUAAAACACUAUUUGAGAUGGUUCUUCAUAGUAAUAAGUGUAGGUAUUAUUGUUGAUAAUGGUUUGAAAAUGUAAAUUUGACAUAAAAAUAUACUUAAUGCCUACAAGAAAAUAUAAACUUAUCCGAAUAUGAGUAAUUAUAAAAUCCAUACUGCAACGGAAUUGUGGCAGAAAGAAACCUGUUUACCCUCCAUUCCAACAUUUAGUCAGAACUUAGAUCAUAUUCUAGCGAAUGGUGGAGUGCAAUUAGGCUCACUCACAGAGUUACUUGGUCUUCCUGGUACAGGAAAAACACAGUUGUGUUUUUUAUUACCAAUCAAAAUAUGCCACUUUAGUUUACAGCUCUGUGCUUCAGUACAAAUACCAAAAGUUUUAAGCGGAUUGAAUGCAGAGGCACUGUACAUAGACACUAACACAAACUUUACACCAACCAGGUUUAAAGAAAUUUUAACUGCAAGCUUAUUAAAAUGUCAAAAGAUAGAACCAUCAUAUUUGUUCAAUGAAGAAGAAGCAUUGGACAGAUUACAUUACAUUAAUGCAUUUGGGAUUGAGAAAUUUUGUGCAUGUAUGAACAGAAUUUCAGUUUUUCUAGCAGAACAUCCCAGAGUUAAAUUAAUAGUUAUUGAUUCGAUAACAUUUCCAUUCAAAGAAGGGAUAUCAGUACAAAAGAGAACUGGACUGUUAUUUCGUCAAAUGGCUGAUUUACAGAGAAUAGCCAUGGAAGGCCUGAUAGCAGUGGUGCUGGUAAAUGAGAUGAGCACAAGAUUGGGUUUGUCCGGUGGUGCUGUGGUGGGCUCGUUGGGCGACGCCUGGGCCCAUCGUUGCAACAAACGGUUACUGUUGUCCAAUCCGAGUGAAUUGGGUGGAAGCAGGCUAGCACUGCUACUUAAAAGUAAUAACGCACCAAAUUUUGUUGCAAAGUUCCAGAUAACAAGAGAAGGAAUAAGGGAUUCAUAAUGAAACUAAACAUCGAACAUAGACAGAGUUUAAUCAAUAAUAAAUAUAAUGUAGAUUGUAAACAAUACUACAGCACCAAUAAAUAUCUCAUUUUCACAAAAAUAUCAAGCUAUAAUUUCUAAGACAUAUCUCAUUUACACAUUGAAAAGGCAGUUGCUGGAGACAUUUGUAGUCUUAUUAUUAUGCUCUUACGAAACAAGGGUGAGUAACACGCGUUUGAAGUCUCCUUUCGUAUCGUCCUGCAAAUUGCACAUCGUACUUUGUAACUACCGUAAUUCACAUGCGUCAAGCGCGACAAAACAAUAUUAUAAAAAUAAACAAUCGUAUAAUAAUUAUUUUUGUAGGAUUUAAGCACUUAGCGUGACCAACACAUGCUUGAAGUCACCCGUUAGGUCUUCCUGUAAACAAAGACCGAAAAAAAUGCUAUGCAGUAAAGUUAGCGGAACAAAAAC